UCCCCGCCUGCAGCGGCCCCAUCAGCAACGGCAGAAGCAGGAGGAAGGGGAGCUGGAAGGAUGCAGAAGCCCGGCAGUAGCUGACCCUGGGGGGGGAGCCCGGCCAUGGCUUUCCUGGGGGGAGCCCGGCUCCUGGACUGGGCCAGCUCCCCCCCUCAUUUGCAAUUCAACCGCUUCGUGCUAACGGGCUACCGGCCGGCUAGCUCCGGGUCCGGCUGUCUCCGAAGCCUCUUCUACUUGCACAACGAGCUGGGCAACAUCUAUACCCACGGUAUCCCUCUGCUGGGGUUUCUCUUCGUGCUGCCGCUGACCAUUCCAUGGGCUCAACUUUCAGAAUCAUGGCUGGGAGUCGUGCACUAUUUAGCUUGCAUUUUUCCACAGCUGGGCAGCGUGCUUUACCAUCUCUUCAUGAAUCAUGAGGGAGGUCCUGCUGUUUACCAUACCUUGCUCACCCUGGAUAUGUGUGGGGUAUGCAUGGUCAACACUUUGGGUGAGUUAAAGCGCUCCCUUGUGAUCCAUGGAUGACUUAUUGGAUUGGAGCAGUAAAAGGGGACAAAGUUGCAGCGUGUGCUGAGAACACAGGAGGACUGAAAGUGGUAUAGAGGGGCAAAUUGCAUAGAGGACAUAUGAGCCAAAUUGUGUUGGCUUUGGGUACUGAAGAGCCAAUCUUUAUGUGAUGGCAGAAGCCAUCUUGGGUAAAAGCUCAAGAAUGAAGAAGAGGUAAGAGGCAUGUAGAACUGAGCAGUUCCUGUUAUGCUUGGAAAGGAAAUACUCAUGCUGACUUAAAAGAAACUGAAUUUAAAACAAUGAAAAACAUAUUUUCCAUGAAUGAUCCUUGCAUUGUAAAGAUUAUUUGGGGUAUUGUUGUAAAUACAAGACUCU